AUGGCUAGUGCCGUGAUUACUUCUCUCCCACAAUUCAAUGGUCUCAGAUUCGUACCAGCAUCAGCUUCUCCUGUCAAAAGCUUGGUUGCUGCUCAACCAAUGAAGCGUAAAGGGCAGGGAGCUUUGGGCGCACGCUGCGAUUUCAUUGGCUCCCCAACUAAUUUGAUAAUGGUGACUUCAACAAGCCUGAUGCUGUUCGCUGGUCGGUUCGGUUUGGCUCCAUCUGCAAACAGGAAGGCCACUGCAGGACUAAAGCUUGAAGUGAGGGACUCGGGCCUUCAGACAGGGGAUCCUGCUGGUUUCACCCUGGCAGAUACAUUGGCAUGUGGGACUGUGGGUCACAUUAUCGGCGUUGGUGUUGUACUUGGCCUCAAGAACAUUGGAGCCAUCUAA